UUGCCUCCUUAUAAUCUCUCUCUCUCUCUCUCUCUCUCUCUCUCUCUAUCUAUCUAUCUAUCUAUCUAUCUAUCUAUGUCUCCGUUCUUUGCUCUUCUUUUCUUUCUCUCUUUUUCUGCUAUGGCUUAUUUAUCUCUUUCUAUUUCACCCUUCCCUAUCUGUAUAUAUCUCUUUUUAUUUCAUUCCUCCCUCUCCCUAUCUGUAUAUAUCUCUUUCUAUUUCACUCCUCCCUCUCCCUAUCUGUAUACAUCUCUUUCUAUUUCAUUCCUCCCUCUCCCUAUCUGUAUAUAUCUCUUUCUAUUCCACUCCUCCCUCCCCGUGACUGUUUAUUUCUGUUUCUAUGUCACCCCUCCCUCACCUUCUUUGUGUAUAUAUGUCUUUCUAUUUCAGUCCUCCCUCUUCCUCUCAGUCUAUAUCUCUUACUAUUUCACUCGCCCUCUCCCUCUCUGUACAUAUCCGUUUCUACUUAACGCCUCCCUCUCUGUCUAUAUCUGUUUCUAUGUCACUCCUCCUUCUUCCUUUCUUUCUAUAUCUGUUUGUAUUUCACUCCUUCCUUUCCAUUUCUGUAUAUAUUUGUUUCUAUCUCAUACUCAGUAA